ACUUAAUAUUGAUUUACAUUUCAAACACCGAUUAAUUGUUUGUGUUUUUGAUUGUGUUUGACAUCACUAUUAGUGCCCAAGAAAUCAAUGUUUGGUUAAUUCAUUUCAAACACCACUUCAUUGACUGCAUCGCGAAGAGAGAGGGAGAGAGAGACCAGUGUUUUGGUCAUCGAUUGGUGACAAUUAUAGUUGAAUAAUGUCUUUACAAACGCCGCAAAUGCAGCCAAACUCUGUCCCAAACGUGUCCAACAGUUCCCAGUCGUCGAGCGGACCGUCGGGUGGCGGCAGUGGUGGCGGACCCGCUGUCUCCACACCCACUUCGGCCGACGCCUGCCUAUCGAUUGUCCACUCAUUGAUGUGUCACAGACAGGGAGGUGAGAGCGAAGGGUUCGCCAAACGGGCGAUCGAGUCGUUGGUGAAGAAGCUGAAGGAGAAAAGGGAUGAAUUGGAUUCACUGAUCACUGCCAUCACCACUAAUGGCGCGCAUCCGUCCAAAUGUGUGACAAUCCAGAGGACACUCGACGGUCGCCUCCAAGUGGCCGGUCGUAAGGGCUUUCCUCACGUCAUAUACGCCCGCAUCUGGCGAUGGCCUGAUCUCCACAAGAAUGAGCUCAAACACGUGAAAUACUGUCAAUUCGCUUUCGACCUCAAGUGUGACUCCGUUUGCGUGAAUCCCUAUCAUUACGAGCGAGUGGUCUCUCCCGGCAUUGAUCUCUCGGGCCUCACACUCACCGGACACGACGAAGAGGUCGGCAUCAGGAGUCAAGUGAAGGCCGAAUAUGUUUCCGGCGGUGGAAACGUGCCAUCGCUGGAACACAUGCAGCACGUGGUCCAACACCAUCCGCACCCGCAUCCCGGCGCUCAUCCAUCGCAGCAUCACAUUCAGGCCCAACCGCCGCAUCCGUCUGUAUCUCACGCGUCACACAUCACUCCUUCCACGACAUCCACAUCAAUGUCGCCCUCGAGUAACGACUCGUUCUCAAGAAUGAUGCCAAACACGCCCUCCUCUGCCGACUAUAUCUCAGUGUCGUCGCCACAGUCGGUGGCCUCACCUUUAGUCCCAAUAGUUCCGCCGCAAACACCGGAGACGCCGCAGAUUACACAACAACAACAACAACAACAACAACAACAGCAGCAGCAGCAACAACAACAACCGGUGCCACCGGUAUUGGGCGCUAACGUUGUGGGGGGCCCUCCCAUCUCUGCCAAUGCCAUUACACCGAAUGGGAGUACGUGUUCGUGGGCCGGAGGCGCCACUCUAUCAUACACUCAAACAAUGGUUCCAUCGGAUACGCCGACGCGUCCGACGUCUGGCCUGUCGUCGACCCCUUUCUGGCAACCGUCGCAAAUGCCUAACGAACCGAUCACUGCUACUAUACCUCAGACCACACUAUCAAACCAACCGCCGCCCGAAUACUGGUGUUCAAUAGCUUACUUCGAGUUAGACCAACACGUGGGCGAAACAUUCAAAGUGCAAUCCAGUUAUGUCUCCGUCAUUGUGGACGGCUAUGUGGACCCGAGUGGUGGCAAUCGGUUCUGUUUGGGCGCCCUCUCCAACGUUCACCGAACCGAUCAAAGCGAUAAAGCGAGGCUUCAUAUCGGCAAAGGCGUUCAGUUGGACCUGAGAGGUGAGGGCGACGUAUGGCUGCGAUGUCUGUCCGAUCAUUCCGUAUUCGUUCAGAGUUAUUACUUGGAUCGGGAAGCGGGCAGAUCUCCCGGCGAUGCCGUUCACAAGAUCUACCCCUCGGCUUAUAUCAAAGUUUUCGAUUUAAGACAAUGCUAUCGGCAAAUGCAACAACAGGCCCACACCGCUCAGGCGGCCGCCGCAGCCCAGGCCGCCGCUGUGGCCGGACAUAUUCCAGGGCCCGCUUCGGUCGGUGGCAUCGCACCAGCAAUCAGUUUGUCCGCCGCGGCCGGCAUUGGUGUCGACGACUUGAGGCGUCUGUGUAUUCUUCGACUAUCAUUCGUGAAGGGUUGGGGACCAGACUAUCCGCGCCAAAGCAUCAAAGAGACCCCCUGUUGGAUAGAAGUACACCUCCAUCGGGCCCUCCAACUCCUGGACGAAGUGCUCCACACAAUGCCUAUUCACGACCCGCGACCUCACGAUUGAACGCUACCUCUCUUUGGGCGCCUCUUCUCAUUCGCGUCACUUCUUCUUUGACUUUAUUAUUAUCACAAUAAUAAUAAUUAUUACUGUUUUUAUGUGUAAAACGAAUAUUUUUUAAUUGUUUUAUUCUGCGGAUCAAUGUCUAGACAUUUUGACAGAAAUUUUUCUCUUUUUAAAAAUCAUGAAAACAAACAAUAAUUGACAUGAAUUGUUGAAACGAUACAAUAAUGGGUUUAAACUCUAUAUAAAUACAUAUUUUACAACAAAAAACAAAACAUAAAAUAAUAUUUUGCGUCCUUUUGUCUUAGUUUUUCAUUGCCUUAAGAGAUAACGAAACGAUUGUAUUUUAGAAAUUUUUAGUCUUGAGAAUCAUUGGCGAAAUUAUUUGUUU